CUCUUUGAUGUUUCAUUUUAUUUCAUAUAAAUAAAAUCGAAACACGAUCGUUUUGAACACAAAUCGAAACACGAUCGUUUUGAUCUAACGUAAAUAAUAAUAGAAUGGAAGGAUAAUUAGUAAAUUAUCGGGAUUAAUUGCGAUUCGUGCUAUUUGCGCAAUGGCGUGGCAAUAGAACGCGUGCAAUUGUCGUCGCGUGCCGAAUUAUUGGAUGUUGACGUCAUCGGGCCACUAGUCAGAGAGAGGGAGAGUAAGAGAGAAAGGGAGAGAGAGAGAGAGAAAUAGAGAGAAUCGGCGUCGCUUUGGUAAUAAUUGCCGACGCCAAUUAUGCAAUUAACGAGUGCGUUGUAAUGAACACGGAAUCAGACGCGUUCGCUUUCUUAGCCGAUGCUUUUCGCAAAACAUUUCGCACUUUCGUUUUAACAAUUCCGUCCUUCUACGUCGUUUCUAAUCUUUCCACGAUUGAUUUAUCAAAAGAUUUUUGGCAAUAACAUACUGUUCGCUUGUCGAAAAGCGAACAGUAUGUCAUUUUUUUUUCUUUUUGCACAGCAUAAACGGAAAAUAUAAUUUUUCUUGAAAUAAAAAAAAAAAAAGAAAAGAAGAAACAAACAAAAAAGUAAGCAACAAAAAUAAACAAAUAAAACGGAUAGAAGAACAUUUAGUUGAAUCGAAUAUUUAUAUUGCCUUUAUUCGAAUAUAACUUUUACAAUCAUCCUUCUAAUCGUCCCGAAACGAUACUAAAAUAAAAAUAUUCUUUAAAUUGUUCGGUCAAUUUUAAGAAUUGCCUAAAGAAAAAUGUUUAAAUACUUUUUUUCUUUUCUUUUCUUUUUUUUUUCUUAGAUAAGAAACGCGAAAUAAUGUUCGUUCGAACGAACGCGUGUAACAAAUCGGACGCGACUGCGUCGACGUGUAAAUAGCGGACGAAAGGCAAAGUAACCGCAAUCCCUUCAGCCCUUAUGGGUCUCGUAGAAGAGUAGUCGGAAGCAAUCGGAUGAUCGCACAAUAAAACACUGGCAUAAUGUUUCGUCCGGGUGGUUGAACACCGCAAAUACAUCUUUCGACCGCAUGCUGGUCUAUUUUGGGAAAGGGGAUGGGACAUUGCGCGUUCCCCUAGACUUUUGAAACUGAGAAAAAAAGAGAGAGAGGGUGAGAGAGAAGGAGGAAGGGAUGACGAGACGAUGUUGGUGGUAGCCCUGACAGAAUUCGCUCUCUUGCUCGAGGGACACCCGUAGGCGCCCUUCGUGGAUUAGCCUCGCUACAUUUCGUCCCUUCUGUCAGUGCGUAUGUUCCAUCGUUAUGCAUCUAACAUAAGUUCGGUUAUAGUGCAAAGCCAAAGAACGAAAGUGGCUGGCCUUUGACGUUUGAUAAUAUCUAAUCAUUCUUUUUUUCUUUUUAUUUUAUUUUCUUUACUUUCUUUCUUUCACUUUUUUUAAUUUUUAUAUUCGAAAUGAAUCGCCGAACGUAUUUGAACUUUUUCUCUCCCACCCAUUAUCUCUCCUUCCCCCCUUAGGAAAAGAAGUAUAUUUGUUUCCUGUUGAAAAGAAAAGAAGAAAAAUAAGAACGAAAAAAAGAAAUGAAAUUGACAUUUGAAGGACAAAGAAAUGGAAGGUCCAACAACGAUUGGAUCUGUUCACGCGCAUCAGACGAAUAAUCAUCAGCAUCAACAUCUUCAACAACAACAGCAACAGCAACAACAGCAACAGCAACAACAGCAGCAACAAACGCAGCAGUCUUUGCAACAACAACAAACGUCGAGCCAAUCGCAAGUGCCUGGUGGGGGAGGGGGUGGAGGGCCGGGGGGUGGGACGGUGGCCAGGGCCGGAGGAAUGUUCUGCUACCACUGCCCCCCUGGUCUUCCGGCACCAAGGCUUCCACCGUCUUUGGAGUAUCCCUUCGCGCCGACUCACCCUUAUACAAGUUAUUCGGCUUACCAUCCGGCCUUACACGGCGUCGGCGAGGAUUCCUUCGUAAGAAGGAAACAACGAAGAAAUCGUACGACCUUCACGCUCCAACAAUUGGAGGAACUCGAAUCAGCGUUCGCACAGACACAUUAUCCUGACGUCUUUACAAGGGAGGAUCUAGCUAUGAAGAUCAACCUUACGGAGGCCAGAGUUCAGGUUUGGUUUCAAAAUCGUCGUGCAAAAUGGCGGAAAAGCGAGCGGCUGAAAGAGGAACAGCGAAAACGAGAAGGUGGAAGUGGUGCUGGUGGAGGAACGGGUGGUGGUGGCGGGGGAGGAGGAGGAGGAGGAGGAGGAGGGGGUACUGGAAGCGGCGUAGGCUUGGAAACUUCAGGAUUGGCACCACCAACUUCCUCGUCCGCUGGUCCUAGUCCAACUGGUCACGAUCCUGAAGGUACUACGAGUAGCAGUGCUGCCGAUGCCGAGGACGUUGGUCCAGAGGGUGCAGGUGGUUCGAGAAGCCCAAGUACGACAUCCGCCUCUGUCAGUCCAAGGCCCCAGCCGAGUCAGCCGUCCCUGGGUGGUGUCUCGACACCACCACCGACCCCGAUAAGGGCGCCGCCACCACCGCCGAGCACCGUAGGGGGCUUGGGACCACCCGCUGAGAGCACUCCCGGAUUAGGAGCAGGCUUUAGGCCAGUGGAACCACCGACGUCGCUCUUCUUUUCGCCGCAUUUGGCUGCACAAUUUUCACCGCCGUUAUUUGGUAGUAAAGUCGUCAGCAGCACGCCGACAUCGUUGUCCUCGACAACACCAUCACUUUGGAGUACGAGUGAUCAUCGACCUGGUAGCCUUCAAGAAAUGUUGUCUUGGUCACCGGCAGGCUGGCCAGGUUCCUUGUGUGGUUGCUGUAAACCCGGUACCGGUGAUCUUCAUCGUAGCAGCAGCCUAGCAGAAUUGAGAAGAAAAGCUCAGGAACACUCGACGGCCUCUGCGUUAUUAGGCGGUCUAGCAGGUUUUCCUGGUGGUUUGCCGUUACCCUUACAUCUACCAUUACUGCCACCACUGUUAGGUCUCUCUAGAAGACCGGAGAAUCAUCAUCAUCAUUUACCAAGCGUCGCCCAUCAGAUUCAACCCACGACGAAAGAGGAUCCCUAGGAUCAAUCCGAUUGUAGAUCUUCGUUCAAAUCUAAUAUAUCUUAUCUAAGUUUCCUCGAUAGCUCGGACCAGAUUAGCGGUUCUCGGAUGAAUGUUGAUUUUUUCUUUUUCUUUUUGUUUUUUCUUUUCUAUUUUCUUUUCUUUUUUUUUUUCUUUUUCAUUCGAAAUCUUAUUAGACUUUCGUAAAAGUACGAAUGAAUUAAAUAAGUUUAACGUUGGUAAACAUUUCUGAUUAUUCGAGAUACUUUUUAAAAUCACGCUCGAGAUUUAUUAUAUUAUAUAAAAUAGCGUCAAUUUGCAUUUAUCCUCAUUCCUUGUGAACCAGCCCCCCUCCCCCCAUCCAUCCACCACCCUCACCUUAUCUCCUAUUAGCGUAUUAUUUUCGUUCCUUUUUAUCGUUAAUUACAAACGUAGAUGAUGCAUUGUUAAAAAUUAUUAUAGAUUAGCUGCGAAAUGAACGACCAGAAACCCCCCAACGAUUUUGUGAUUUCGCGUCGUUCUGUAAUUACGUACUGUUGUAAACAUAGAUUUUUCUUUUCUUUUUCUUUUCUGUUUUUUUUUUGUUUUCUUCAAUAAGUAGAACUACUUGUUUUGCGUUGUUCUCACGGGAGGGAAAUUAUAAUAUACGAUUUUCAAUUCGAGCACGACAAUUCAAUAUUUUCGCGAUUAUACGCCAUUGUACUUUAAAUAAUUUCUGACGAUAGCGGAUUAACGGUAAGACGCGUAAGAUUAUGCCAGUUAAAGAUUGAACAUUCUUCUUCACAAAUUGUCCGUUUAAAUGAUCGGAUCAGAGUACUCGAGUCCUCUCAAAAAAAAUUUGUAUCCUUUUUCAUUCCUCUUUUCUUAUUUGUUAUAUAUAUAUAUUCAGGAACAUGAUCAUGAUUCCUAUUUACUCGUGUCACCGUCCGCAACAAAUAACAAUGAUACGUAUAUGAAGAUAAAUUAAAAGAAAAUAUUGUACGAUGAAACGAUGAAAUAUUGUUUCGAGUUGUUUAUUUUUUUUUUUUUUUUAAGACAUCGCAAAACCCAUUAAUGAUUGUAACGUUAAUAGGUAUGAGAAAGUAAUUCAUCGAUGCGACAUUACUAUACCUAAUUGUUAUACCUAAUUGUCACUUUAGCGCAAUCUAAUUUUUACGUAGUAACGUAAUAAAUAAAUAAAUAAUAAUAAUAAUUAUAAUAAUAAUAAUAAUAAUACUAAUAAUAAUAAUAAUAAUAAUAAUAAAAUACCUAACUUAAUCGUUUCAACAUAGUAUUUCGAAAUGAUCAUUUUUGUAUAGAAAAUUUUAUGAGUAUAAGAAAGAGAAUAAACGAAUGGGAACGAUGUAAAAUGUGAUUCAAUAAGCGUGAGAUAUGAGAAAAUUUUCGCAUCACAAUCGUUAUCAUUAUGUUUUUUCUUUAACAAUAAGUCUCAAUUAUAAUCGUCAAAUCGUUAAGGAUCGACACGCCCAUAAUGUACUUUAUUAAUUUCGUAUCAUUAUGAAGUAUCACGAUAAUACUCGAGUACUCGAAAGAUUCGAAGAAUUUCCUCUGGUCGAGAGAAAAAAAAAGAAAAGAAAAAUAAUAAAAACCUAAAUAAAUAAAUAAAUAAAUGAAGAAGGAAAGAAAGAAAAAGAAAAAUAAAAAUAAAGAAUCAAAACCAAACGGAUCGAAGUUGUAAUUGAUUUGAUUCGAUUCGUACGAUUACUCGUAUCAUGCCUUAAGUGAGAGAAAGAGAGAGAGAGAGAGAGAGAGAGAGAGAGAGGAGAGAGAGAGAAAGAAAGAGA